CCGGUUUCGAAAUGGGAAAGGGGAAUUAUUUACGCAGAUAGGAACUACAGACUUAAAUAAUAAAUGAUAACUGGGAAAUAUAAAUUACACAAGCAUUUCAUUUGGAAUAAACUUUAUCUAAACUCCUUGAAAAGUUUUCAACAGAUUAUAGUUUGAAGCAAUUGAUGAAAACGGAUCUUGUGGGAUGAUAGAAUAUAUAACGCCUUUUCUAUGUCUUAUGUCUGCUGCACAAUGUUAUAAGUACUGUGUAAUUGGAGCGGGACCUGGUGGUCUACAAAUUGGAUAUUACCUUCAGAAGCUAGGUCGAGAUUAUAUCAUCUUUGAAAGGUCCAACCAAGCAGGAAGUUUCUUUGAGAAAUACCCACGGCAUCGGAAACUAAUCAGCAUCAACAAAAGACACACCGGGAGUACCAAUAAAGAGUUCAACCUACGUCAUGAUUGGAACUCUCUUCUGGGUGACGACAAUCAAAUGCUAUUUAAGGAAUUUUCAAAAGAAAUGUUCCCACCAGCUGACAGUUACAUCAGUUACAUCAACACAUAUGCUUCAUAUUACAAAUUAAAUAUCCGAUACAAUACAGAAAUAAAGCAUAUCAGGAAGUUAAAGUCCAUGUGGUUUGUUCUAGAGGAUCAACAUAAUAAUAUAACGCAUUGCAAUAUUGUAAUUGUUGGAACGGGGCUAUCUUUACCGUUUAUACCAAAUGUAACUGGGAUCGAAUUAACCGAUGGGUAUGAAGACAUAUCUACAUUUGGUCCUGAUUAUGAAGGAAAAUCUGUAUUGAUACUAGGUAGAGGAAAUUCAGCCUUUGAAACAGCUCAAGCGAUUUAUGACAGAACGAACUAUGUUCAUAUGAUUGGGCGGCACAGGAUACGUUUAGCAUGGGAAACCCAUUAUGUUGGAGAUAUUAGGGCAAUAAAUAAUGAAAUUCUCGACACUUACCAGCUAAAAUCUUUGGAUGGGUUUUUAGAAUAUGGAAAUCUAGAAGAUUACAUGAUAGUUAGAAAAAAAGAUGGUCUAUAUUUGACGGAUGCUGACGAAGAAGCAGCAAAAAUAUGGGGACAGUAUGAAAAUGAUCCAUUACAAAAGCCAUACGAUCAAAUAAUUCGAUGUCUUGGAUUCCGGUUCGAUACUUCCAUAUUUUCAAAGGUAAGUCAGCUAUCUGGUGGUUAUAAAGGAAAGUAUCCAGUAAUUACCCCUGAUUACCAGUCUACAGAAAUACCAGGCAUCUAUAUUGUCGGCACAGCUACCCAUUCACUUGAUCACAGAAAAUCAGCUGGAGGAUUCAUACACGGAUUCCGGUAUUCAGCUCGUGCUUUACACAAAAUCCUGUCAUGGCGGUAUCAUGGGGACACGUGGCCAAAACAAUCAUACAGUGUUUCUAACUUGCUUCCGGUUACAGUGAAAAGGAUAAAUGAGGCUUCUGGAAUAUAUCAAAUGUUUGGACAACUGGUAGAUGUUAUAUUAUUUAACAGCGAAUCAUUUGAAUAUUUUGAGGAAUUUCCUGUAAAUUUAAUCCAAGAAUUCGAUAAAAUAACCGGGGAAUCCUUAUCCAAUAGGAGCAUGAUAGUGUUGGGAUUGGAAUACGGAGAGGAUUACCAUGGUCCGUCAGAGGAUGUAUUCAGAGAAGACAGAGCAGCUACAGAACCAAGAUAUGCACAUCUGUCGAACUUUUUACACCCUGUUUUAUACUUCUAUCACGUCCCUCCAAGAAGGACAAGCUAUAUAGACGAAAACAUGUUGCCUAUACCUGAUAAAUUAUUUCAUUUAGUGGAGGACUUCCAUACCAACUGGCAUCAUAACCAAACACAUGUACAGCACUUAAAAACGUUUCUUGAAAACUGUCUUUCACAAAGACUAGAUGCAUUCCAGAAUACAGACUGUUUUUCCUUUGCCUUAUCUAGAAGAUCGGUUCCAGUAACAUGCCAUCAUUAUUUGAAAAGUGUAUAG